AUGCUGUCGGCGCUAAAGAAGCUGGUGGGGUCUGAGGGCCCCCCGGCGGGGGAGCGGGAGCGGGCUCGGCCCAUCCCCGCCGGCCUCCAGGCCAUGAACCGCGCCCUGCAGAGGAGGUUCGCCAAGGGCGUCCAGUACAACAUGAAAAUUGUGAUCCGAGGAGACAGGAACACAGGAAAAACUACUCUGUGGCACAGACUCCAAGGAAAGGCGUUCAUCGAGGAGUACAUUCCCACUCAAGAGAUCCAGGUGACCAGCAUCCAUUGGAACUAUAAAACCACCGACGACAUCGUGAAGGUCGAAGUCUGGGACGUUGUCGACAAGGGGAAAUGCAAAAAACGAGGGGAUGGUUUGAAGCUGGAGAACGAUCCACAGGAGGCGGAGUCGGAGCUGGCGCUGGACGCGGAAUUCUUGGACGUUUACAAGAACUGUAACGGAGUAGUGAUGAUGUUCGACAUCACCAAGCAGUGGACUUUCAACUACAUCCUGCGGGAGCUCCCCAAAGUGCCGACCCACGUCCCCGUCUGCGUGCUGGGCAACUACCGAGACAUGGGCGAGCACCGGGUCAUCCUGCCCGAUGACGUGCGGGAAUUCAUCCGCAACCUCAACAGGCCUCCUGGUUCCUCUUAUUUUCGCUACGCUGAGUCUUCCAUGAAGAACAGUUUCGGCUUGAAAUACCUGCAUAAAUUCUUCAAUAUCCCGUUCUUGCAACUCCAGAGGGAGACCCUCCUCCGGCAGCUGGAGACGAACCAGUUGGACAUCGACGCCACGCUGGAGGAGCUGUCGGUGCAGCAGGAGACGGAGGACCAGAAUUACGAAAUCUUCCUGGAGAUGAUGGAAGUCCGCAGCCGGAGCCACGCCUCGCCCCCGGCCCCCAACGGGCAGAGUCCGUCGUCGGGCUCCCAGUCCCCGACGGUGGCCCCCGGGUCGACGGGGAGCUCCAGCCCCGGCACGCCCCAGCCCGCCGCCGCCGCCGCCGCCGUCCCGGGGCAUCCGCCCCCCGCGCCCGGGGUGCCCCCGGCCCCGCCCCAGCGCCGAGGCAUCAUCUCCAGGCUCUUCGGGGGCUCGGCGGCGGAGGCCGCCCCGGCCCCUCCAGAGCCUGCGGUCCCCGCCGAGAUCCCAGCCAGAGUUCAAAGCGUGGAGGAUUUUGUCCCCGAGGACAGCCUGGACCGGAGCUUUCUGGAGGACGUGGCCCCUCGGAAGGACGAGAAGAAGGGCAAAACCAAAGUUCAGCGUGACAGUGACAGCGACGGAGAGGUCGGUGGAGGGAACCCAAUGGUGACUGGCUUCCAAGAUGACCUGGAUCUAGACGACAGGCUUCCUGGGCCACCCUCUCCGCCAACAGGUCCCAGCCCAAGUCAAAACGUCGCCUUGUCGAGCGAGGACGAAGCCGAGGAGGAGGAAGAAGAGGCGCCCCGAGUCUCUGGCCCAGCCCCCGGAGAGAGCGCGGAGCCAGAGGCCAAAUGGUCUUCCCAAAACCUCCUGAAACCAGAGGAAGCGGCGUCCAGCAAAGCCCCCGAGCCCAAGCCCCCGGGAAGCGUCCCUCCCAGGUCCGGCGGCGACGGCCCCCCGGGCGAGUCCCCGCCCGCCUCUCCGGCUGCGUCCCGGGACCUCGGAGCCGGCUCCCGGAACCGAGGCUGCUCCCCGCGGCCCCAGGACGGGGCGCACGGGACGCCGCCGAGGCCCGAGGGGUCCGACAGCGAUCCGGAGGGGCCCAUCGCCGCUCAGAUGCUCUCCUUCGUCAUGGACGACCCGGACUUUGAAAGCGAGGAGUCGGACACCCAGAAGAAAAAAGGGGAUGAGUUCCCGGUCCGAGAAGAUCUCUCCGACCCUACGGACGAAGAGACGCCCCCGGCCAAGCUCCCCGAGCCCAUGAAGCCCACGAUCCACUCCUUUAAACUGAAAAACGACUCCGACCUCUUCGGAUUGGGCAUCGAAGAGGCGGGUGCCAAAGAAAGCAGCGACGAAGAUAAGGAAGGCAAACUUCCCGCUAAGGAGAAGAAGAAGAAAAAGAAAAAGAACAAAGAGGAGGAGGAGAAGGCCGGGAAGAAGAAGAGCGGCAAGCCCAAGAAGACCAAGGACAAAGAGGAGGGCAGAGACGAGAGGAAGAGAAAGAAGAAGCGGAGCAAGGAGAAGAACGAGGAGACGGAUGAACUGGAGGCCUUCUUGGGCGGCGGGAGUAAGCAGCGCGGGGGUGGGGACUACGAGGAGCUCUAGGCUUCCGGCGCCCGAGGUCCGGCCCGGCCUUGGCCGUCGUGCCCGACCCGCCGGCUGCCCAACGCCCAUCGUCAUCGGCCGGGGGAACGGGGGGAAGUGCCCCGACGGGCAGGACGAGGGGGACGCCGGCCUAGGGCCGGGGACCCCUGCCCCCACCCGAGCGACGGCCCCUCCGUUCCCCCGGGGAUCCCGCGCAGGCCGAGGACUUGGGGUGGUGCGGUGGGAGCGGGAGGAAACGGCCCCGCCUCCUCUUCCCACUCCGUCCCCCUCUCCCAAAUGGCUGCCCGUUGGAAACCCACCUCGAAGCGGCGAAGGGCCGGAGUAGGCCGCCACCCCCUCGCCGCCGCUCACCCCGGGAACGUUGGCGAUGGCAGAUGUAUUUUUUCACACCGUCCUCUUUUAUAAUGAAAGCUGUCAGGGGCCUCCGUCCCAAGAAAACGGUUCACGGGAACGGCCGGGCGUCUGGCGGGGCCGCGGGGAUCCUCGGGGUCCCUGGGCCAGGAGGAGGAGGAAAUGCUCCCCCAGACUGCCCCGGGGGUCCCCCGCUAUGGCCGGGCAGCCUGGGGGAGGGCGGCGGCGGGGAGAGAGAGGGUUCUGCCUCUGAGGGGGACGCCCACCCCACGGCGCUCCCCCAGUUUGGGUCUUCCAAGCCCCCGGCACCUCUUGGGCCUGGCGGUGAGCCGGCCCGGACGGGACUUCUCAGGGACGCGGCGGAGGUCGGGGGAGCCCCCGCUCCGGGAUCUCCCUCCGGCGUCCAGGCCGAGGCCGCGGCCUGCCCUGGGUGGCCAUGAGGGCCGCCCCCGGGGAGGGUCCUGGAACCGGCUGCCUGGGAAAGCAGUGCCCGCCACCCUUCUCCGACGUUCUCCCGGCCCUGCCGUCUCAGCCAGCCUGUCUGGACACCCCCACAUCCCUUGCGGGGAACCCAGCUGGGAAAGAGGGAGUCCGGCAGGCGGGACCAUCGGAUGGGAACGUUGCCUUCCCCCCGCCAGACCCUGGCCCCCCACUCUCCCCACUCGUCCCCUUUUCCCCCACCCAAAAGUCCCGGUCCCGAGAGGUUUUCUGGCCGUGCCGCUGCGGCCGGGGCCUCCGGAAGGCUGGGACAAAAUCAGCCCUUUGGACCAUCAGUCCGACUACGCAGGAGAACGAGAUGGCUCGGGGAUGCAGCUGCCUCUUCCUCGGCAUCCCGCCGCCUCCUCCUCCUCCCCCUCCAUUUCCCGGCAACCAGAAUCCAAACUCGGGCCCCGUGAGCCAGAGCCGAGAGCGGGAGCGGGGAACACCCGGGCAGAGGGAAGAGUGACGUCGUCGUGGGGUCAGCCCUUCUCCACCACAGCCCCGUCCCUUCCGGCAAAGCGGCUUCUCAUCCCGGGAUGCUCCGGUCUAGUUCUGGACCCCCCAGGCUGGGCCAGGGAAGGAAAGCUGGCCCUUGGGUUCUGCUUUUGGGGGGGAAAAAAACCCACCUACACGUGUUGCCCUCCGAGGUUGCCAGAGAAAUGCUUCUGUUGGGCACAGGGAUUUUUUUCUUUCUUCCUUUCUCAUCAUGCUCUAUUGGAAACUCCACUCUGACCAUAAAGCUCUCUGUUUUCCCGCU